AUGUACGCUUUGCAGACCGUCGGAAGUACCACCAGUUCCGUCAAAGGUAAUCAAUAAUAAUAAUAAUAAAUACAAUACAAUUAAAUUGUAUUUAAUUACACAAUAUCAUUGAAUAUAACAUUAUGGCCUAUAUAACGUGUGUCAUUCAAUUGUGACAUUUAUUUCACGGGAUUUUCGCUAUACAUUUACAAUUUUAUCGUGUAUUUCAGACGACACAGAGGUCUUAGAAAUAGACGACGCAGGGAACUCAAUUGCCGAACAGAUCAUCAGCAAUAGUAACGCCAUCAAACGUUCGGGGAAAUUGACAAAACCAAGUAAGUGUUGACAGUGUUGUUAUGUUUUAAAUUUGUUUUAUACAUAUUAUGUUAUUAUUAUUUUUUUUUUUUUAUGAACAUAAUAUAUAAUAAGGUACGCACAUAAGUGGUAUUUAAGCAUAAGUUUUUCAUAUAGAUUUUUUCUCUCGUUUUUUUUUUUUUUUUACAACGAGACACUCAAAAUAGAAUCACAUGUAAAUAACAAUAUUAUCAGUGAUAUCUAUAAACUACAAGUCGUUUUAAUACUUUUUUCUGCGCCAUUUUGUUUCGUCAUUAACACUAAUGAUAAAGUAUCUAUAUAGGUACUUUUGAAUUCCAAUAUUAGGUAAUAUCUAAUAAUACAGUUGUUUCUUACAAGGGUGGAUUCAGGGACCCAGGAUCUGUUUACAGAGGGGGCACUUUAAUUAGUCAAAUUCCUACUAUACUGCAUUUUUAAUUAUCAAUGAAACAUAACCAUUACACAAUUAUAAAAAAAAAAACUCAUACGGUUAGGUAGCUAUUGUCAGUUGUGUAAAUUAUUAUGUUACGUAAUAAUUUAAUAUGUAAUAUGCACAAAAAAUAAAGUCUCAUACAUUUAUGUAUAAUAUAUAAACAAUAUAUACAAUAAAUAAACACAAAUAUAAAUAGUUUUUGGUAAACGGUGGGGAGGGGCAUUUGUUCUCAGUGCUACCCCUUUGUUAUAUUAUAGAACUUUGAAUUUCGCAAUCAAAUUUGAGGAAAACUAAGGAACUGUUAACAUAUUAUUCUUGGGGAAAGUUCUAAAUGUUAACUUUUUUAUAGCGCGCAUGCGAAAUAGUUACUAUGCACUUUUUUUUUUAAUGAAAACUGAAACUGUCAAAUUGGUACUCACCUAUCGACAAUCACUAUAUGCAUGUAUGGUCGUAACUUAUAAGUCAUAAUGUAAAAGAAAGUUCAAACAUUACUAUAAUAUCACUAUAUAAUAAGGAUUCACUUAAUAAGGAUAUACUUACUAUUUAACACGCAUUAUAGUUUAUAGCGUGUAUAUUAUAUCUAUAUCCUGAUAUUUGCAUAUGUAUAAUAUUGUUUUCAUUUCAUUUUUGUUUUCAGAUGGCUAUCAAUCUUCUCAGUUUCAUCCCGCAAUUCAUAAUUAUGGUAAAAAUAUUUUAUUUUUUUUUACCAACAAAAUAACGUAUGAAAUAAAUAUUAAGUUGAAUAAUAGUACCACAAGUAUGGAAUAUUGCACUGUAUUUGUUUAAAUGUUCAACUUUUCUAAUAAAUACAUAAGAUGAAGGCAAAAAAUUAAAUAAUAAUAUUUAAUUUUGAAAGCCUUUGCAGAAAUGAGAUAUUGCUAUAGUGUUAGUUAGUAUUACCUGUUUACUGUUUACACAUAAAAAAAGAAACAGUAUUUUAUUAGUAAUUAGUACCUAUAAUAAUUUAAUUACGAGUAUAGUUUCUAUUCUACAAAACAAUACUUAGGCUUUGGGUUCAUAUGAUUUCAGAACGAGAUAUUGAUGACGAAAACCUCUCUGUCAGUUUGUUUUUUUGGGCAAUAUUUCAAGCUGUCGGACUCGCUUGUGUGGCCGCGAUUAUUUGCCGAACUAUUAUGUACCAUGAAGGUUAUUUCGAAGAGUCUUCCUAUCCUAACGCAACGUCCAUUAGUCCAGUUCAAUUUUCCAACUGGCAUUUUUUGCUGAUCACAAUUGGAUUAUACCUGUAUGCCAAUUGUAAGUGUAUACUGUAUAGGUGCAUAUUGUAAUGACAAUCGAUCUAUCAAAUAAACAGUAUUACAUAAUACUCAUAAUUUUUAUUUUUUAAAAUAAAAAUUAAUUAAAUACAUGUGAAUUGCAUUCAAAUAAAACAUUUCGAUUUACUUUUCCAGCAAUUUUCAUGAUUAAAACCAAAAAACUUGACGUAACACUGCCAUACAUAAUGUUACACACGUUUUCGCUGAUUGUAUGGGCGUUGGGAUUGUACGCUCUGUACGUGAGCAAGGAAAUGAGUAAGCCCAUAGGGAGCAAAUUCUACGUGGUCCAUUUUUACUCGAUAGACACCUGGGCCUAUGUGGUAGCCGCAGUACUCUUCGCGCUUCAGUGGCUGACCGCCAUAUUCGCAUACAUGCUGACUUUUCUGCGCAAAGUGGGCUUACCCUUGGGUAGGAUGUUCAGUAUGUACACGGCCCUUGCAAUUUCUAUCGCCCUCAUCGCCGAAGCCAAUCAACAAGUCGUAAAAUCGUUGUAUGUAUCUUUUUAUACCUAUAACUAUAAACUUAAAGUAUAAAUGUGAUAAAGAUACCUAGGUAUACCAUUUUUAUAAGUUACUUAUAUCGAAUAGCUAAAUAUAUAAUAUUAAUAUUCUGGUGAAAAUGCAGAGGUAUAGUCAGGGAGGGCUAAGAGAGCUAUAGCUAAACCCCUCAUCACAAUGGCCAUGUUAAUGUUUACAUACAUUUUUAACGAUUUUAAUGUUAACUGCGUGUCUAGAUAUUUUUAUCAUUCCUGAAAGAACGUUUUCUGCACUGAAUUAAAUGAAAACGUAUGAAACAUCACUAUCAGAAAAUACGCUCAAUGAUGUGUUAGAUAUCCAAAACACCCUAACCUACGCUCAUGAUCCAAGCAAAAACAUAUUUAGCCCCCUUCCAUUACAUUUCCCUAGAUACACUAUUGUGAAAGCUAAUUAUUUUAUGUAUCUACUUUAGUGGGAUAAUGAUACAAUAUUUAUUGUUAUUUUAUAAUGCUUUCCUGUUUUCGUAAAACAUUAUGUGUAAUGAUAUAACUUAUGCCGAUUCAAAUUAAACUAAUAUUUUUUUCUACACUUCACAUUUCACACAUACUUGGUUAAAUUGUAGAUAAAACGUGUAGGUAAUGUUUUGUAGUUUUAAUUAAAAAAAAAAGAUUAAGUUUAGAGAUAAGCUGUGUUAUCUAUAACAAAUUAUUUCAAUUAGGUAAUAAUAAUGAUAUUUUUUUGGUAUUCCUAAAUGUUAGACUAAAAUUUAUUGUAUGUUCUUUAUAAUAAUAAUUAAAAUAAUAAUAAAUCCCGAAUUAGUAGUUUUGUUAAUAAAAAAAACUACUAAUUUUCUAAUUAAAUAGCUCUACAUUUCAAUAGAUGUACACAAUUUUAAAACAUUCAAGUACUUAAUAUUUAAUAUAGGCGAGGGCACCCACAGAGAGGUGCCAUGGUCCCUCCCACUGUUUUAGUUAAAAUUAAAUACUAAUUGUUUUAUUACUUGCAUGACUUAAAUAUUUAAGCCAUGAUUACUUUUAAGUUGUAAAUUGUAAAAAAAACCCCCUCAGUUUAUAUUUCUGCGGGCGUCCUUGAACAUAUUCUAUAUUAUACAUAUAUUAAUUGAUGACUAUUUGUCUAAUAUUGUCUCCUUUAUGGUACCAAUAUAUAGUAUUUAUUUUAUGUGAAUCUAAUAAUUUGUAUGGGGAUUAAGUCCUAUUAUAUUUCUUAAUAAACACUUGAUAAUCGAAAAGUAGGUUUGUAAUAUUGCUAAGCAACAAUUGCUGCUGUUCGUGGUACCUACUGCCUACUAAUAAUAUAUUAUCUAGAUGUCUAAAAAGUAAAUAAUUAUAUAAUUAUAGCACAGUUCAUAUAUGCCAACAUUUCAAUGUUAAAUAUAAUUUUAUUGUCAAACUUCGUGACCAAAUCUCACGUUCUACAUUCAUGCGUUGUCUUUACAUACUUCCUGUAAUAAAUUUCCUCCUAGAUAUCAUUAACUCAAGUUUAUCAUAAUUAAUUAAUUAGAACACGUCUUAUUCGAUCUAAAAAUUUAUCUACAGUUUUGAAGUGUUCGCUUGAAAAUGCGGUCUAGUGUAGAGAGGAUUAAUCUACAAACUAUUACAUAAUACCAUUGAUUAUAUUAAUCAAUAAUACUUAACUAUGUCUUAAAUAUCAAAUUUCAUAAGAAUAUUUGACAAUAUUCAAUUAAUUAGCUAAUAUUGUGUAUAUUAUGUAUUUGUUUUUUGUGUAAUGUUUCAGAAAAGGAGAUUAUAAAACAUAUUCAGUAGAAACAUAUAUUUUAAACGGUUUUGGAAUGCUCGUAAUGUUAUUUUUAUUUUUAAUUGUGUACAUAGUUGUAAAUCCUAACAAAAAUACAUUGUAAAAUUUAUUUUAGAGACGGUAAAGAUACCUACCUAGUUAGUACAUACUUAUUUAUAUCUGCCUACUGUUAUUGUAUUAAUUUGCAAUCAUUAUUAAUUAUUAUAUUGUACAUCUAUCUACAUAAUACAUAUAAUAAUAUAAAUAAUACAUAUUUUAUUUAUAAGAUUUUUCAUUUAAUAAUUACGUAUAUUUAAAAAGAAUAUAUAUAUAUAUAUAUAUAUUUUGUAAAUACUUAUUACUUAGUUUGAGUUUUUAAAUUUAAUUUGUGAUUUAUGUAUAAUAUCAUAUAAUAGAUCAAUGAUUCACAAACUGCGAGGCGAACUUCCAUAGACAGAUGUGAGCACUUUACAGAGAAGGUAUGAAGUAAAUAUAUUACACGUUUAUCUUUAAACCAUUGGAAUUUAAGAUUAGGACUUUUGGGGAUUUCUUGGAAUCAUAUAAAAGAUGAAAAUACCUAAAUUAGCAACACAACUUUGCGUGCCAUUUGUAUCUUCAUUUUCAGCAGUAUAUUCGUCAAACUAUUGAUUAAUAUAAUCCAAAUAUUGAAACAAACUCAACGUGGAAAAAGAAAUACGUGUAGUAAUAACAACGUUGCUUUCUAACUUUGAUACGAGAAAUACACGCAAAAACAAUAAUUUUUAAUUAAUUUUGUUGUGGGUAGAUUAUUUAAUCAUGUGAGACGUGCUCAAAAUUAAUGUUCUAUUUUUAUAGAGGGUUGAAUUUAAAAAAAAUUAGAACUUCUGUAUUCGAUUUUAAAAACAUAAUAAUGUAAACAUGAUAAUAUCUGUAUUUAUAUAACAUUUAUAAGUAAUUGAUUAAACAUUAAACCGUGGUUUGUCAAACGGUUAAUUACAAUUGAGCGGACAACGGGUUAUCUUAAAAUAGAUAACCGUAUAUAUAUAUAUAUAUAUAAUAGUAGCAUAAGUUUACAGUAAAAUUAUCAUCGAUUGAAUAAAUAUUGACAUGUGUAUCAAAAAUUAUCUAUAAAAAAUUAGUUUUAAAAUAUCAUAGACGCGAAAACAUUUCGUCUCUAAAAUAGUUCCUAGUAACUUGCUACACGCAAUCAUGAACGUCUCGAAGGCAGGUGCGAUCAGCUCCGUCAAAGGUAGGUACAUAUAAAUUAAAAUACGUAUUAUUUUAAUGUUUCAAUCUCUGCAGUGUAAACAACAAUCAUAAACAGUAGCGGCAUGAAGUAUAUCUACCUCAAAUGACCAAUUUCAUUUUCUACCCAUCUACCUACCAAAAAUACUCCCACAAUCUUACCAACCCUUGUCUGUAAACUUUAAAAUGAAAACUAACAGGUUGACCCAAAAUUAAUUAUUACACCCUUUUUUUUUGUCACGUGAUUCAAAUAUGUCUCUUCACAUGCCACUGAUCGCAAGUCACAACACUACCAAAUAUCGUCUAUCAGAUUUACUAGUGUGAUUUUGUACACGCGUAGAAUUUUUUUCGCGUACAGAUGAUACGGACGACGGAGUAUUGGAAUUGGACAACGACAAAAACUCUUCAGUCAAUAAUGUGGAAAACGUGACCAAAAGUAAUAAUAAUCCUGUACAACUUUUGGGAAACCCGACUACAGCUGCUGCCAGUACGUAUUUCGACGCGUAGUAUAUAGGUAUAUCUGGUAUCUAUAUGGUACAAUUUUUAAAAUGUAGAUAUCGCGACAAACCAGCUAAUCUAUCAGCAUAGACAAAAUUUUUUCACCGAGUUCGCUGCCCUUUUUUAUAUAUCCUGAAGAGACCUGAAGAUCUGGUUUUAUAGUACCUGUCUAAUAAUAUAGCUGUAUCUAUAUCAAUUAUAUAUUAUUAAAACUAUAUAUUUUUUUUUUCAUACACCUUAAAAAUUUAUAUUUUUCGAUUUAUCUACCCACAAUCUACAUAUUAUGAUGCAAAAUGAUUAAAAUUUAAAAUGUGUUUGUUUGUUAUAAAGAUACCUAUUUGUGCAUCCGUGUUUAUGUAAAAUUGAUAUUAGUCAUCCACAUAAUAUGACCAAUCAAUUAAUAACGAUUAAUAAUUUCCAUCACUAUUAUAAUAUUAUUAUUAUGAUACUCACGAGUGGACUGUUUUUAUUAGAUAUUGUUUAUUUAACAAGCACGACCACUUAAAACCUAUUUUACAUAACUAUUAUUAUUUUUAAUGAUAAUUCAUCGGUACCUAGCUAGGCAUAUUAUAUGUACUGUCGUUGUCUGUACUUUAUUUGUCUAUACUGAACAAUAAUAUGUUGAAACGUAACAUAUAUUUAAAAUAAAUAAUGCAAGUAUUUAAUACCCAUUAUUCUACUAAUACUGUGGUUUGGUUUUUUGAUAAGUAUUUUUAGUUGACGUUGGAUAACAAUAUUAUUCUACUUAGGGGCGUCUCCAGACCUUGACUAUGGUGGGGGGGACAAACAAAUUUAAUUUAAUAUUAAUGAAUUAUAAGAAAAAAGAAAACGGAUAUACUUCACACGAUGGGUGGACCACUGUUAUAGAUGAGAAGUUGGGAAGGUAGGAUAUUGAGGACAAUUUAAUGCUAUUUGUAUAGAUAUUAAUAUCUGUUCCUAAGCAAAUUUAAGCAUUGCCAAUAAAAAAACGAUUCUGAGUGGAGCUCGGUUAAUAGUGUUUGCUGGGCAAACAAUUUUUACUCUUGAAUACCACCGCUUCGGUCAAAAAACAAAACCUUUAUGUCUGAUAUCAUUUCAACUUAUAUUAGCUUAGAAGACUGCAGAUAUAUUGUACAAAUGCAAUAAAAUAGUACAAUUUAAAAAUUAAAUUUAUUUGUUUACCGUAAAUAAAUAAUAAUUAAAAUAAUGAUAAUAUGAAUAACAAAAACAAUAAUAAUAAUAAUUAACAAAAGUUAGAUGAGCAGGCCCAAAAUACUUUUAUGUUAAACAACGUUUUGCAAGCGGUUUGAUCAAUAAUAUUUACUAUAUUAAUGAAUUCCCAAGCAUUUUUGUUUCGCAAAACAAUUUUAUCAACAGAGUGCCUACUGAAUAAAAAUUACGUACAAAACUCGCAAAAUUAAAAUAUUUAUAUAUUGCUAAAAAAUUCUACCACUUUAAGAAAAGGCAAAUAUAAAUUUGAGGAGGUAUUUAGAGAGGUCGCUUUAUAGAGGCAUAACACUUGACGGGACCAAAACAAAUUACUGUUGCACAGAGGUGAUCGUUAACGGAAAUUGUCUGUAGUAUCUACCAAAGAAAAACUAAAAAAAAAAAAUCUAAAAUGUUUAAUAUUCAUAAAAAACUCAAAAAUCACCAAAAUAAGUUAAAAAUUUGACCAAGUUUAAAAAACGCUAAUAUCCUAUUAAAAUGCCAUUUCUAUCGAAAAUAAUAAAAUCAUUAAUCGUAUACUAUUCUCGUAUUUCCUACAUUUUUAUAAUUCAAUUAUUAUGAAAACAUGAAAACUGCUUGGAAAAUUAAAAUAUGACUUUAUACUAACCGACUAGAUCUAAAAUAAAACCAAAAAGGUCUCUUGUCCUUUUUCGAUUGGAGUAUAAUUUCUGGUAGAAAACAUAAAUCGUAAAUAUUUAAAAGAAAGAAAACAUAUAGUCCGUAAAUUUGUCCAUUGUCAUUUUACGUCUUUUUCCGGUUUUUCCAAUUUAUUAUAAAAACUGAUUGAAAAAUCAAAAACUAAUUUACUAUCUCACUAGCCAGAUACGAAAUGCAACAAAAAAGAUCUCUGGAUAGUUUUUGAUUAAAGCAAGACUUUUUGUAGAAAAUUUGUUUGGAUACAAAAAAGAACACACAUCAUGGUAAAACUACUCAAAGAUUAGAAUCUAAAACUAAAAGAUUGUACUACGAUUAUAUAUAGGCCAAGAUAGCCUACUAUAAUAUAGAAAGUAAACAAUUUUAAUCCGCACUACUUAUUAUGUUCGCUCAACCUUUCCUAUAGCAAUACUACAUAAUGAUUGUGGUAUUAUAUAAGUAUAAUAUUAAUAUCUUAGGAUGGUGAUAUGAUUUCAGACCAAAACGACAACGAGAAUGAAAACGACUGGGUUGGUUUGUGUUUUUGGACAAUAUUUCAGGUUGUCGGACUUGCGUGCGUGGCCACGAUUAUCUGUCGGUCUGUGAUAUAUCGAAAGGGAUAUUUUGAAGCGUCAUCCGAUUAUUCUACGCAGUUGGUGUCAAUUACCGUAACACAAUUUUCCAAUUGGCAUUAUUCGUUGACCACAAUUGGAUUCAUAUAUCUCUAUGCAAAUUGUAAGUUUUUCAACGGAAACCGCAUAUAUUAUACUGAAUGAUAACGUCUAAAAUUUCGCUUUGAAAUCUUGUACAAAUGCCAAAACCAAAUUAAUUAUUUUAGCCAAAAUUAACUCGCGAAAUGGAAAACGUAAUACGUAUAAAGUCCGCGUAUACACAAUACAUAUUAUUAUUAUUCGCAGCAAUGUUAAUGCUGCAGAAAAACAAAAAUUCGGACGUCACGCUACAGUACGUAAUGUUGCACACGUUUGCGUUCGCCGUCUCGGCGUUGGCCCUGUACGCCAUAUACGCGAAUAAGGAAACGAACAAGCCCAAAGACAGUAAGUUCUACCAGGGUCAUCUAUACUCCGUGCACUCUUGGGUCGGCCUGUGCGCCGCGCUGAUGUUCACGGUCCAGUGGCUGAGCACCGUCGCCGCGUUCGUCAUGCCGUGUCUACGGAACGCGGGCCUGCCACCGGGCAGGACUUUCAGCCUAUACACCGUCUUCGUGUCAUCCGUCGCUCUCGUUACUGGAAUCAAUGGACAUGCUAUCAAGCUGUUGUAAGUAUACGAAAUAUAGCGAAUCGCCAGAAUAUAAAUUCACCAGAAAAUUUUGAUUACUAUAAUAAUACUAUAAUGUCAAUAUAUUGCCCCCCCCAAAAAAAAGAGCUGAUAUUGAAUGCGAGUGAGCCACUGUUGUACGUGGAACUUUGACAAGUUAGAUUACAUAAAGUUAAUCUGUCGCAACAAUAUAUAGUUCUCAAUGAAAAACGAUUUUGAGCUAAGUUCGGUAAUAAAAUUUGAUCUUGAAAUGUUUAUAAAAAAAACUACUUUACCGACAUACCUUGUACGUGAGAGCAGCCAGUGUUGUAGGUGGGAAAUUCAGAAGAUAGGAUACAAAACGGGAAUUUAAUGUAUAUCUGUAAGUAACGAUAAACCAUUGCUAAAGAAAAAACGAUUCUGAGUGAAAUUCAGAUGAUAGUGUUGCUUUGUCAACAAUAAAAUAUAUGGAAUAUAUCACAUUAUGGUAAAAUGAUUACAACAAUAUACGUUUCCAUGACAAAAAUGAUUGUUUAAAAAAGAUUAAAAUAAUAAAAAUGGUUGCCAGUGACAACCUUAUUUUUAAUCUUUCAAUCUUGUUUAACCUAAAGACCAAGGUUUUCUUCAUUAUCUUGAAUAUUAAUGAGAAUUUCAAAAAAUGACCUUUUUAAAGUACCACCUAGAGAACAUUUCCUUUCAGAAAAGGUUAUAUACUUGAUAAUCGGAGUAUACUUUCUGGUAGAAAAAGUGGUCAAAUAAAAAUAAAUUUAAAAAAAUAAAUAAACAUCAUUGUAAAAUCAAUACAAUCAUCGCUCCACUCAGAAUCUAAAAUGACAAAAAGUAAUGAUAAUUUAACAUUUUAAAGCUGCUCGUUUAUUAAAUUGUCAAAAAAAAAAAAAAAAAAUUAAAAUUCUGAGAUAAUAAAUGUCAUAUAACAGAGGGACUAAUCAUAUUUUAUAUGUAUAUGUAUUUAAAGAACAUACAUUUUUUUUUUAUUGUGCGUAUUUCAGAAAAGGGGCUUAUAGAACCUAUUCUACAGAAUCAUUGAUUUUGAACGGUUUUGGAAUGUUGGUUAUGGUUUUUCUAUUUCUAAUUGCCUUCAUGGUACUAAAACCAACGAGAACAUUAAGAAUGUAUGUACUCCAUGAAUAA